CUUCUGGUUCACAAAGCUCGAUGCUGUGUCGAGCAGCCUGACUCGAGCUUAACAUCACUACCUUCUACUGUCAAAUCUCUGAAAAUUUAUUUUAUUCUCAUCAUAUGCUGGAGUCCGUGGAAUGGCUCAUUUUCACAGAAAAGAGGAUGUGAGGUGUGAAUCAGAUCCAAGUGCUUCAGCCCAGUCCUUUCAUACCCCAAAAUGCUCCCUGGACAGCAGGAGUUAAAUCUGCAUGUUGACCAGAAGGACAUUAAAUAUGAACAAGAGAAACUCUGGAGAAGUCAGGAGGAAGAGCAGCUUCACCAACUGGAUGAGGAUGAUGUCACAAAGUUGCCUUUCAUUGUUGUCUCAGUAAAGACAGAAAAUGAAGAAAAACCACCGACAUCACAGGGUUGUCAAAGCUUGUGUUUUGACAACAGUGAUAAUUGUGAUAGCAACAGCAGGUGUAACGCUGCUAAGAAACUGUUUAAUUGCACUAAAUGUGGAAAAGCAUUUGGUAAUGUGAAUUGUUUAAGCCAACUAAAGAGAAUUGAAGCAAGUGAUAGACUCUUUACCUGCCCAGAGUGUGACAAAAGGGAGAGGCAAAAGGGAAAUCUGAAUACACACAUGAGAAGUCAUACAUUUGUCUGUUCUGAGUGUGGUAAAAAGUUUGGACAAAAAAACAAUUUGAACAGACAUGCAAGAAUUCACACAGGGGAGAAACUAUUUGACUGUUCUGAGUGUAGUAAAAUAUUUACACAAAAAAACGUUCUAAUCAGACACACAAAAAUUCAUACAGGUGAGAGACCAUUUGUCUGUUAUGAGUGUGGUAAAAGAUUUGGAGAAAAAGGCAAGCUUAAGACACAUAUUAAAAUUCAUACAGGAGAGAAGCCACAUGCCUGUUCUAAGUGUAGUAAAAGAUUUGGAGAAAAAAACGAUCUGAAGAGACACAUGAGAAUUCAUACAGGAGAGAAACCUUUUUGCUGUACUGAGUGUGGCAAAAGAUAUAGACAAAAAACUGAUCUAAAUACACACAUGACAAUUCAUACAGGAAAGAAACUAUUUGGGUGUUCCGAGUGUGAUAAAAGAUUUGCACAAAAAUGCCACCAGAAUGCACACAUGAGAAUUCAUACAGGUGAUAGACCAUUUGUCUGUACUGAGUGUGGUAAACGAUUUGGAAAAAACAGCAGGCUUAAGCAACACAUGAAAAUUCACACAGGAGAGAAACCAUUUGUCUGUUCAGAGUGUGGUAAAAGAUUUGGAGAAAAGAGCUCUUUGACCAGACACUUGAGAAUUCAUACAGGAGAGAAACCAUUUGUCUGUCCCGAGUGUGGUAAACGAUUUGGAGUACAACACCAUGUGGAUGCACACAUGAGAAUUCACACGGGGGAUAAACCAUUUGGCUGUAAUGAGUGUGGCAAAAGAUUUAGACAGAAAAGCUCUGUGAAAACACACAUGACAAUUCACACAGGAGAGAAACAGUUUGCCUGUUUUGCAUGUGGUGCAAAAUUUGGACGAAAAAGCAGUCUGAACAAACAUAUGAGAAUUCACACAGGAUAGGUGUGCAGAACAGGGAAAGACAGGACAGAAAAAUACAGCAAAGGAGAACAAAAACAUUGAAUGAACAGAUGGAAACAGCACAAAAGGGCUGGCCGAUUCCAAGAAUAACUCAAAAAGGAAUACAUACAGUAGACAAAGAAGGGUCUAUACGGUGGCUUACAAAUGGAGAACUUGGUUUCGAAGGAGAAAGAAUUAUAGUUGUGGCACAAGAUCAGGGACUUCUAACAAAAGGCUUCCAAAAAAAGGCACGAAUUUCACAAAAUGAUCAAAGCCGAUUCUGUCAUUCAGCUGUUGAGAGUGUAAACCACCUAAUACCAGCAUGUCAGAUCCUCACGGCAGACGGACAUUAUGCAAGCCGGCACAACAAGAUCUGUAAAUAUCUACACUGGGAAGUAUGCAAGGAACUGGAGGUGGAAGUAGAGGGAAAUGUCUGGGAGCAUGAGCCAGCCCCAGUCUCAUCCAACAGAAAAGUGACUAUCUUCUACGAAAAAGAGAUCCCAGCAGGAAGACAUAUCAAAGGAGGUGCAGUAAAACAUGAUAAUGUCAUCUGGAACAAGCAAGAGAAGACAGCAAAAAUUAUUGAUGUGACAGUCCC